AUGCGCAGACACCUCACGCCUGACACCAAGGGGAAGCAGCAAAAGUAUAAGAAGCGUGGCGUGGCCAGAAGGGAGAAAGCCAGUGGAGUCGUGGAGGAGAUGGCCAGCUGCCUAAAAGCUUCCUGGAAGCCAAGACUCCAGAGUGCAGUCCUCGGAGCUGCUCAGCUUAUCUGGUUCAUUGCUUUGAUCUCUGAGUUUGUAAAUCAGAAGGAAGUGGCAGCGUGGACCUAUAACUACAGCAUAAAAGCGUACCCGUGGAAUUACUCUCGGGCAUUCUGCCAGAGGCACUUCACAGACUUAGUGGCCAUCCAGAACAAGAAUGAAAUCGCGCACCUCAAUGACGUCAUCCCAUACUUCAGCUCUUACUACUGGAUUGGGAUCCGAAAGAUCAAUAAUAAGUGGACCUGGGUGGGAACCAAUAAGACUCUCACGAAGGAGGCUGAGAACUGGGCCGACAACGAGCCCAACAACAAGAGGAACAACCAGGACUGCGUGGAGAUCUACAUCAAGAGUAACUCGGCCCCUGGCAAGUGGAAUGAUGAGCCCUGCUCCAAACGCAAGCGGGCCCUGUGCUACACAGCCUCCUGCCAGGACAUGUCUUGCAACAAGCAAGGGGAGUGUAUUGAGACCAUCGGGAACUACACCUGCUCCUGCUACCCAGGCUUCUAUGGGCCAGAGUGCGAAUACGUCCAAGCAUGUGGGAAGUUUGAGCUUCCUCAACAUGCGCUCGUGAACUGCAGCCACCCUCAGGGAGACUUCGCUUUCAGCUCACAGUGUGAUUUCCGCUGUGUGGAAGGGUACGAAUUGGAUGGACCCAGAAAGCUGGAAUGUUUGGCUUCUGGAAUCUGGACAAAUAAACCUCCGCAGUGUAAAGCUGUGCAGUGCCAGAGCCUGGAAAGCCCUGUCCAUGGAGACAUGGACUGCAUACACCCACUUGCUGCCUUUGCCUAUGGCUCCAGCUGUAAAUUUGAGUGCCAUCCUGGAUAUCAAGUGAAGGGUUCGGACACACUCCAUUGCACUGGGUCUGGCCAGUGGACUGGACCAUUGCCAACCUGCGAAGCCAUCACGUGCGAACCUCCAGAGAGCCCCGUCCACGGAAACAUGGAUUGCUCCCCAUCCGCAGGGGCAUCUGCAUACAACAGCAGCUGUACUUUCACUUGUGUGGAGGGCUUCGAGCUGAGGGGAAGUGAUGUCAUCCGCUGUGCUGACAUGGGACAGUGGACAGCCCCGGCUCCAGUCUGUGAAGCAUUUCAGUGUCGGGAAUUUUCAAUUCCGAGCAAAGCUCAGGUGACCUGCUCAGACCCCUUUGGUGCCCUGAAGUACCAGUCAGUCUGCAGCUUUUCCUGUGAUGAAGGCUCACUCUUGGUGGGAGCAAGUGCAAUCAAAUGCUUGGCUACUGGACAGUGGAGUGGGGUUCCUCCAGAAUGCCAAGACGUCACCUGUCCACCUUUGCUCGGCCCUCACAAUGGAACCAUGACCUGUAUCCAGCCUCUUGGAGGUUCCACUUACAAAUCCAUGUGCCAGUUCAUCUGUGAUGAAGGAUUUUAUCUUUCUGGACCAGAAAGAUUGGAUUGUUCUCCAUCUGGACACUGGACAGGCACACCGCCCACGUGUGAAGCCAUCAAGUGCCCAGGAAUCUUUGCCCCCUAUCAAGGCAGUCUGGAUUGUUCUCAUGAUCACGGAGAGUUCAGUGUUGGCUCCACCUGCCGCUUCUCCUGUAACAAGGGCUUUGACCUAGUGGGAUCAGCCAGCGUGGAAUGCACGGUUUCUGGAAGGUGGUCCUCACCUCCACCAACCUGCACGGGUGUAACAUCACUUCCUAACCCAGAGGUGGGCUGUCCCGUUCUCACCGCUCCUGGACAGGGGACAAUGUCCUGCAGCCACCAUCUGGGAACCUUUGCUCCAAACACCACUUGUUACUUUGGGUGCAAAACUGGAUUUACACUCAGAGGAGCCAGCUCGCUCCGAUGCAGGACUUCAGGACAAUGGACAGCAGUGACUCCAGCGUGCAGAGCUGUGAAGUGCUCAGAACUGCACAUGGACACACCAGUAGUGGCGAACUGUUCCAAUCCCUGGGGAACUUUUAGCUAUGGAUCAACCUGCACCUUCCACUGUCCAGAGGGGCAGUUACUAAAUGGCUCUGCAAAGGCGACAUGCCGAGAGAAUGGUCACUGGUCAGCUGCCAUGCCAACAUGCCAAGCAGGACCACUGACCAUCCAGGAGGCACUAACUUACGUGGGUGGGGCAGUGGCGUCUACAACAGGUCUGGCAGUGGGCGGGACACUCCUGGCUCUCCUCAGAAAGCGUCUCAGGAAAAAAGAUGAUGGAAAAUACCCCCUGAACCCUCACAGCCACCUAGGAACAUACGGAGUCUUCACUAACGCUGCGUUUGACCCAACCCCUUGA